AUGGCUCCUUCAGACAAGAAAUCUCUCAAAGAGAUUGCCCAACAGAAUCCCACCCAGCUUGGUGACCCAGUGUCCCUCAAGGCAGAGACGUCGAACACAGAGCCAACAGACCAAGACCGCCCUGUCAAGGGGCAGUCAAAAGAGCAACCUAAGAAGACGUUGAAGCAGAUGGUAGAAGCCAAUCCUACGGCGCUUGGAGAUCCAGUAAGCCUGAAGGCUGAGAAGUCGGACACUGAGCCAACAGAUCAGGAUCGGGGUGCUUUGAGCAAGAGCAGCGGCAGGCCGAAGAUGUAG